CAAUUUUUUCUUUGGCUUGGCUUUUCAUACAGCCAUCAUUUUUAUACCAAUAGUUGAUUUUCAAAAGCAACAAACACUCUAUUGGAAAAGAACUAGAACCAUUAUAAGAAGAGCAACAUCUUUAUGUGCAUAUCUAGCGCCAAGUGGAGAACAAAAUUUCAUUCGAAUCAACAUCAUCAUCAUCAUCUUUACAUACAUCCAACAAUAUAUAUCGAUAAUCAAUAAUCAAAAUGGCUGAAAUAACUUAUACUACUGAAGAACCAUUCUUUGAUACGGAAUUUAUUUCAACCAAACUUGGUUUGGUUCGAAUUUGUCAAUUUGUUAUUUCAUUGUUGAGUUUGAUUGUCAUCGAAAUACCUCGUUGCAAAUUCUUACGUAGUGUCAACUUUUAUGUGUUCAUUGCUUCGUAUUGUCUAAUAUUUUCCAUAUUAGUGAUAAUCAUAUUUAUCACACGUUUCUAUCGACAACUUGAACAAUAUAUUAAUCUUCCUUUGACGUUAAUGGCCAAUGAAGUGGUCGCCUUGAUUCUUUGGUUGAUUGCCUCAUUUUUCAUCAUAUUUGCUAGUUGUGACCAUGGACCACAGGUUGCUUAUAUUAUUGCAGGUAUUCUCGGCUUUCUUGCAAUGAUUGCUUUUUCAUAUUCUUUGAAAAUAUCAUACAAUUGGUUUCGAAAUGGAACAUUAACAGUUUCGGCAUAAU